AACAUUUCUUUCUUAAACAUUCUUACUUAAAAUAGAAAUAUAUAUUCUAUUUCGAGAGAUGGCUUCAAAAAUCUCAGCCCCCCUUGUCCUUUUCCUCACAUUCAACAUCCUCUUCUUCACCUUGACCACCGCGUGUGGUGGUGGCUGCAGUCCAGUCCCUAAACCAAAGCCUAAGCCAAAGCCUACUCCAAGCCACUCCUCCACCGGAAGCUGCCCAAAAGACACUCUCAAACUCGGUGUUUGCGCCAAUGUCCUCAAGGAUCUUCUCAAAAUUGAGCUGGGAACGCCACCAGUGAAGCCAUGUUGUUCCCUCAUUAAGGGUUUGGUUGAUCUUGAGGCCGCAGCUUGUCUCUGCACCGCUAUAAAGGCUAAUGUUUUAGGGAUUAACCUUAAUGUUCCUAUCUCUCUCAGCCUUCUUCUCAACGUGUGUGGCAAGAAGGUCCCUUCUGGAUUCGUAUGUGCUUGAUCUAUCUAUCAACCAUUUGAUCGCUAAAUUAUAAUCUUUAAUUUAUGUUUAAGAUUCUUUAAAUUCUCAUGUUUUCAUUUUUAUUUCGAAUAAGUUUUUCUUAUACUUCUUCUACUGUAUCCAUUUUAAAUCAAGUUGCCUCUUAUUUAUGCUUUUAUUCUCAAAGAAUCGUAUUCAUACCA